AGAAGGGAAUAUCCAGCAGGAAUGUCUCAUGUUGGAUGGGUUUGAGCGUGUAUCCCUGUUCCCUAUGUGUUGAGGAUUAUCCUGCACUGACUUCCCCUUCUCCACUCACCACUGCAGCGUCUCUCUGCUCGAACCACUAAUAAUCUCCAACCGGCUGUAAUCAACGAGAUGGGCUGUUAAAUCUCACCAAAGGAGAGGUUUAAUUUUUUUGCUCGCCCUCCCAAUUGAGUGAGUGUUAGAGGAGCCAGGAACCGGGUAUUAAAUGCUGCCAGAGAGAGAGAGAGAGUGUGUGGGUGGGGAGAGAGUCCUAGGCAGCUGGAAGUGGAAUACUGCAGUAUGGCGCUGCCCAAUGUACAACUCUCCAGGGACAAGCUGGUCUGUGCCAUCUGCCUGGACCUGUUCAAGAGCCCGGUGACCAUCCCGUGCGGUCACAGUUUCUGCCUGGGCUGCAUCGAGCGGACCUGGGACCAGCAGUUCCACGGGAGAGCCUCCAGCUGCCCCCAGUGCAGGGAGAGUUUCAGCCCCAGGCCCAGCCUCCACAAGAACAUCAUGGUCUGUGACAUCGUGGAUGAGUUUCUCAGGUGUGGGGCUCACAGUGCUGCUGAACCCCGGCCUCUGCUGGCCCCAGGGGAUGUGCCCUGUGACUUCUGUAGCGGUGCCCAGCUCCGCGCUGCCAAGUCGUGCCUGGUGUGCCUGGCAUCGUAUUGUGAGGACCACCUGAAGCCACACCGGGAGAGCCCAGCCUUCCAGGACCACCCCUUGACCGAGCCGGCUCGGGAUAUCCAGGAACGCAAAUGUAAAGUCCACAGGAAACACCUGGAGCUCUUCUGCAGGAGCGACAAGGCUUUCAUCUGCUGCGUGUGUACCACCAGCGGGCACCGCACUCACCAGGUGGUCCCACUAGAAGAGGAGGUACACAGCAGGAAGAAAGAGCUUUACCUCAUGGAUCUCGAGACAGAGAAACAGCUGCAGGGAACACUGCAGGAGAUCGGAACGCUGCAGGAAAGCAUCGACUCGAUCACGACAACAGCACAGCAAGUGGAAUUGGAAAUCACCAACAAAUUUUCUGUCAUGACUGAAGCCAUCGAGGAGGCCCUGAAGGUGGUGAUUGGUUUAAUUGAGCGGGAACGGCAGACUCUCCUGAACCAGGGUAACUGCAUCAGGGCUCAGCUGGAGCAGAGGUGUCGUGAACUCCGUGAGAGGAAGCUGCAGUUGGAGAUUCUAGCCAAUAAGCAUGACAGUUUCAGAUUUGUGCAGGAAUCCCUUUGUUUCAGUUCAUCCUCUCAGGUCUCUGAGGUCCCGAAGUUAAAGACUGAUCUGGGUUCCAAACUGGCACGUGCCAGUGAAGCUGCCACUGAACUUUCCGCCCAGGUGAAGGAGUGUCUUCGUCGAGCUAUGAAACGCAAACUGAAGAGCACAGAGGUCAGAGGCCAUGAGAAAACUGCUGAAUUAUCAGAUGUGUCUCCACAAACCUCUCAGCACCCUCCAGAGGCCAAGGUUCGGAAAGGACUUCGACAAUUUCCAGCAUCGUUGGAUGGUGCUGUUAGUCCUCCACGGAACAUCUCCCGGGUUGGUUCCUCCAAGAGGCACUGCAGAUGCCGCGAAGCUGAUUUUUGAUCCAAAGGGAUUAACUGAAAACUCCCACUUGUUCCAGAAAAUAAAACUAACCAGGGCCAUGGCACAGACCCGAGCAGCUGCUGAAGUUGGAGAGUUGCUGACCAGUUUAAACAGCUGUCACCAUUUUACUGCAAGGAUUGCCUUUUCACAAGCCUCCACGUUGCCUGUGCUGACCUGGGACUUACAACUGUGUAAACCAGAAAAGCCACAAGAAUAUCCAUUCCUUGAGGAGGAAAGUUUUGGGUGGGGGUUGAAACACGUCCUGGUGUUCGGUCAUCAAUCCCACCCACCCACUUUCCUCCCAGUGGCCGGGUGAGUGAGUUGCUGUGUGCUUUACUGCCCAUCUGGCAGACUUCGAUGGAAUCUAAGUUACCUUAUUAGGUAUAUAACGGGACUGGGGUUUAAUCAGGUGGCACCGUGUCAAUUUACAGAGUGAUGUGCACUAUGAAUCUGGAGCUGUCUUUAAAACUCACCGUGGUGUGCAUUUUGCCUGUCUGGGUCAGACUCAUUUCUAAGUACUUGGCAGCUCAGGUAGCAAGGGGCAGAUUGGAAUUUCUUAAUGCUGCAAUUGUUUUUCAGCUGUGUCCUUGUACAUGUGUUCUGAAGGCAUCAGCUCAACUCAAAAAUGGUCAUUUUGUGUGUGUAGUGUAGUGUGUGUUGAGUGUGUGUGCAUGCACGUGUGCCUGGGCAUCAAAUGCUGCUUAAAAAUGUAUUGCUGGAAAAGCGUAGCAGGUCAGGCAGCAUCAAAGGAGAAGGAGAAUCGACGUUUCAGGCAUAAGUCCUUCUUCAGGAAUGAUUCCCUUCUCCUUUGAUGCUGCUUGACCUGCUGCGCUUUUCCAGCAACACAUUUUUAAGCUCUGAUCCCCAGCAUCUGCAGUCCUCACUUUCUCCUAUCAAAUGCUGCUUGGCUAUUUCACCAUGGAUGGUAUCGCACCAAACCUGGUAACAGCCAAUAAAAACAGACAUUCACCUUAACAAGAGGUUACUAUGCAGCUAGGAGGAGCUGGUUCCCAGUCUGAUCAACCUCACAUUAAGGAAUGAUUCUUGAGCUGUGGUCGAGAGUGCUUCAAUACUUAAUAGAUCUUCCCAUUAUGAGUCUUGCAUUAGAGUGAUAGAAUCCCUACAGUGCAAAAGAAGGCCACUUGGCCCAUUGAACCGACACCAACCCUCCAAAAUGCAUACCACCCAGGCCUGUGUAACCCUGAAUUUCCCAUGGCCAUUACAUCUAACCUGCACAUCUUUAGACUGUGGGAGAAAACUGACGCACCCAAAGGAAACCCACGCAGACACCGGGAGGACAUGCCAACUCUACACAGUCACCUGAGGGUGGUAUCAAACCUGGGUACUUGGUGCUGUGAGGCAGCAGUGCUAACCACUGAGCCGCCAUGCCAGCCCCAGCAGCCAAGCUCACUGUAACUUGAAGUUUUUGAUGUGAAUCAUUUGAGCUGCCUAAGCCAGAUGAGCUGCCAUGGUUGCAGAAGCUAACACAGGCAAUAAGGGCUGGGUGGUAAAUCCUGGCCUUGCCAGUGAGACACACAUCCAGGACUGAUGCGAAGUCUGCUGAGGCCUGACUCAGUGUACUCCUUCGAGCAAAAGCAAAAUCCUGGGGAUGAUGGAAAUCUGAAACAGACACAGAAUGCUGGGCAAACUCAACAGGUCUGGCAGUAUCUGUGGAGAGAGAGAGACAUGGUUUUGAGUCCUCUGUAUAAUGUCUGAAACUCGCUGUGUAUUCCUCAGUGCUGUCCUUGAUUUGUGACAGUGCUCUUUGUUCUGUCUGGCUAUUUUACUUAUGGAGCCCGCACUGUUAAUCGAAGGAGUGCUCGUGAGGCAGCCCAUACGCACAUUGGGUGGAUUUUAGACAGGUUUGGAGGUGGAGGAUUUUUAAUUGGGCAAGAGGGUGGGGGUUAGGAUCCCACUGUACAUUCAGGUCAGGAAAAGCCAUUUGGCCCAUUCAGCCCACACCAACCUCCAAAGAGCAUGUCACCCUAGCUGUGUAACCUUGAAUUUCCCACAGCCAAUCCACCUAACCUGCACACCUUUCGACUGUGGGAGGAAACCCACGCAGCCACUGGGAGCAUGUGCAAAUGAUAGUCACUCAAGGCUGGAUUUGAACCUGGGUCCCUGGUGCUGUGAAGCACCUCGAUGCCACUUGAGGUCCUUAGAUGGCCAGUGCAUGACCAUUUAUGGCCCUCAUUCCCAGUAUCACUGGUAUUCAACCAUGAUGUGUGUUUGUUUGCUGGCUUCCAAGGGAGAUGGGUCAUCGUUGGCACAUAUGCAUGGACCAGCAAUCGGGAAGGUGGUGCCCUUUCAGAGCCAUGUCCCUGGCCUUCCCACUGAUCCUCUACAGCUCAACCAAUACUUUCUUCUUCAUGACCCCACCCUGACUCAACUAAGGGCUGGGCCCCUCAUUGAUUCUUGGCCUCAGCUGAGUUAAUUAUUUCCACUAUUGCUCCUGGUGACACUGCUUUCAAUGGAGAGCUGUUGGCUGGCAGCAUUCAGAGGGGCAGAUGAGAUUCCUGUCUCCCCACAGCUACUUGAUCCAUUGAUAGCCACUUAAAUGCUAGAUUGUCCCUUUAAUACAAUUUGUCUUCCCCAUAGGAGGCGAUAUGAAGCUUUCACUGUCCAGACCCCUACCACCUACAUCUAAUUCUGCCUUCUACAUGCAAAUAGAGCAAGUCUCAAGUCAUUCCUCACAGGGAUCAUUGUGCCAAUUUUAUAUGUCAUUGCAAUCACUGGUGAGAAUGAGCACCCUUCCUGAGAAUAGCCCAUUCAUCGAAGUGAGCAAUGGGGUGUGGGAGGGCAGAGGGGAACACUGUCAGCAAUUCCAGGUUCACAAUCUUGAUGGACACAGCCUCAAAGCAGGACCCAAGCCUUUGACAAAUUUUCUCCACUCCUGUCAUUUACUGGAAAUGUAAUUUCUACCAUCCUCAGUGCCUUGAAUACUGAUUUUUUUGUACUUUAUUUUCUUCCAGUUAUUCUGUUACAUAUAUAACAUAUUUUAACAUUUGCUACAGCUCUAAGAAUUACUACUUGAGCCUGCAACAGUUUCUAUUGUUUAUUAAACAGAUCUGAAAACAUUAAUUAAACCUCGCUUCCUACAUUCCAAUUAUAGAGGAAACGUACUAUAAAUGGAUAUUUAUAUAAAAUAAACUUUGUUACACUCCUCCACAAAUGAAUGAGAUUUAGA